CGAGCUUGAAUUGCCCAAUAUGCAGCCCGAGAGUGAAAAGUUAUCCAUCAUGUUGCGUAUGAUAAUCCUGUCGUGCCUGGUGGCGCCAGCGUUCACUUACCUGCCGGAUGUCAAUAUAUUCACCAAUUAUCGCACCGAGGUCUACAAUGGCAUACCCUCGGACAUUGACACGACACCGUUUGUCCGGAUCGGCGAUAACUAUUAUUAUAUCGAGCCGAUGAACAAGGUGAACUGGUUCCAGGCAGCGGCCUCCUGCCGGAUGAUGAACGCCCACCUGGCCUCCAUUGAGGACAAGCCGGAAAUGGAGGCCCUGGUCAAGCACAUCAAGGCCAAGGGGUUCAAGAACAACGACUACUUCUGGAUCUCUGGCAAUGAUCUCGGCACUGAAGGUGCUUUCUAUUGGCUCUCGACGGGCCGCCCCAUGACCUACGCACCCUGGAACGGGCCCAAACAGAUGCCCGACAAUUACGGCGGCAACGAGAACUGUGUCCACAUGUUCAGCACACGGGAGCUGAUCAACGAUGCCCACUGCAAAAUCCUGAUGCUGUACGUGUGCGAGGCUAGCGAUCCCAAAACCUUCAAAUUCACUUACAUCAAGUGGUGAAGCGUGUUGAAGCCGUUAUCAAGCAGAGACAUAUAUAACAUACGCAUACAUACAUACAUUUAUAUUUGGCAUUGUUUUUUUUUCUAAGUUCCUGUUUUGUAUUUGUCUUUCUUUUUUUGUUUUUUUUUUUUUGCGUGCAUAGAACACGGCAUUUAUUAGGCGGUUGCUAAUGCAACGGCUUUCACUUCAUCAUUAUCAUUAUCAUCAUUCACAUUAUGAUCGUUAUUCGUCUUACGCAUCAAUUUGCUAGGUAUACAUUACACAUCAGUUGAUUUUACGUUUUAUGCAUAUAAUAAAUUUGUUACGAAUUCAUCUUAAAUAA